AUGGAGAGAAACACUCCGGUGAGGAAGCCACACACUUCAACCGCAGAUCUGCUUACUUGGUCGGAAACUCCCAUUUCUGAUUCCCCACCUCCUCCUUCCUCCGCCCUUCGUUCUCACCAGCCGUCGGAUGGGAUCAGGAAAGUGGUAUUUGGGGGUCAGGUCACCGAUGAAGAAGUGGAGAGCUUAAACAAACGAAAGCCUUGUUCGGAAUAUAAGAUGAAGGAGAUAACUGGUAGUGGAAUAUUUGUAGCCAAUGGGGAAGAUGACCCCUCAGAAGCUGGCAGUACAAACCCAAAUAAGACUGGAGUCCGUAUGUACCAGCAAGCGAUUGCUGGAAUCAGCCAUAUCUCCUUUGGUGAGGAGGAGAGUAUUUCUCCAAAAAAACCCACUUCCUUGCCUGAGGUGGCCAAGCAGCGUGAGCUUAGUGGAACUUUGGAAAGCGAAGACUCUAUAUUGAAAAAGCAACUUUCUGAUGCGAAGUGCAAGGAGCUCAGCGGUCAUGACAUAUUUGCUCCACCACCAGAAAUCAAACCCAGUCCAAUAACUCCUCGUGUACUUGAGUUAAAAGGGAGCAUCGGCAUUGGAGAACGUCAUGCAGACGGAGAUCAAGGCGAAACCAACGCUGCUGGGGAACCAAUGAAGACAGCAAAGAAGAUCUAUAACAAGAAAUUUGCAGAACUUUCCGGGAAUGACAUAUUCAAAGGUGAUGUGCCACCUUCAUCCGCUGAGAAAUCAUUGAGUGGGGCUAAACUACGAGAGAUGAGUGGCAGCAACAUCUUUGCUGAUGGGAAGGUAGAAGCAAGAGACUACCUAGGUGGCGUACGGAAGCCACCCGGUGGUGAGAGCAGCAUUGCCUUGGUAUAA